AUAUUAAGAAUUCCUUGUUUCAGAAUGAAAGAGCGUAAAUAUGGAAAGGAAAGAAAGAGAUGGGAGAUGUGGGAGGAGAAUUUGCUCCUGGAUAUCGUCCACGGUAAACUGGAGGGAACACAGGAUAUCAAAAGCGUCCUCAUUAAUGAUAGCAAAAUUUGGACAAGAGAAUAUGCUUGGGAUAAAGUGCUCGACAUUUUUAUUGAAAAUAACGUAGUUGGGCUGGAUCAUCAACAAAUUAGAAGAAAAUACAAUGAUUUGAAAGCGAAGAAGAAAAGAAGAUUUGCGGAUAUAGAAUCAUUUGAUGAAGGAAGUCUAAACUGUGUAAAUGGAGAUACUAGCUAUGACCAUAAUUACAUCCCUGAAUCAAAUACAAAUGAAGAAAAGAGGCAUCGAAUAGAACCCUGUGGUGCGCCGGAAGGUUCUAACGUCACUUCUAUCUAUGUACCUGUAAUUGACGCUAAAUUUGAAGCAUCAGCAUCACGUCCUACCCGUUCACUAUCUUCUGGUGGAUCUAGGACCUCGGCAACCACAACUAAAGGUUCUCAAGCUAGAUACAUUCAGACUCUCAAGUCAGCUGGACCCAGCUCAAAUACUAGUAUAGGACUUGGACCUGCACAUUGGGAGGAGAAAUACUUUAAGGAGAAAAUAAACUGGAUGAACAGCAUCAAUUCUAUGAAACUAGAGGUUUUAGAAUAUCAGCGAGAAUACUGGAAAAAAAAGGUUGAAAACAUGAACAAGCCUGGUUACUCCUCUCCAACUCCGUCCCUGCAGCAGGAACCAAACUCCCCCGAACAUGAAAAUGAUGAAUUAUGAACCAAAACCCUGUGAUCAGUGAACAGUGAACUUCUUUAUGAACAGAAUGAGUAAUUUUGCUUUAAUUAAAAUAGAGUCAAAAUCUUCUAAAGCGCUUAAAUAUUUUUCAUAGCUUUUUAGAGUACACUGGUUCAAAUAAAUUAAUGGGUUAUUAUCAUUA